AUGUCCGCCGCCGCUCCACGUCUCAGCGGGAUCCAACGCGACGUGCUCUCGCUGUACCGGUCAUGUCUGCGUAUGGUCCGCGCCAAGCCUCUGGACUCACAAGCCAACUUCCGCGCCUACGCGCGCGCUGAGUUCCGCGAGCACCUGGGCGUCGGCAAGAAGGACUUUGCGACGAUCGAGCACCUGCUGCGCGUCGGGCGGCGGAAGCUCGAGACGUACUCGCAACCGGGGGUGAGGAAUAUUCAGCGGUAG